GUCGCGUUGAGGAUGAGGCGCGCGCUGACGUCACGAGGAGAAGGAAGCAGUGUGUAAACAAGAGUAUUCGCUUGAAUAUAAAACCAGCGUGCGCCGACAGCCGAACCCCACUGUCCGGUUGAACUGUAACACAACACAAUAUCAUUCUUUAACGUGAUCUGCUCACUGCUGUGUGUCACGUGAUCUGCCGCCAGGUACCCUGACCACUGAGCAACGUCACCGCGGUGCGAUCAGCUGUGCGACCUGGACCUCGACUCGGAAGCCAAAGUCCUUUCAUCAUGGCUCUGUCUGGAGUGAGAGUUAUCGAGCUGGCGGGCCUGGCUCCGGCACCAUUCUGCGGCAUGAUCCUGGCGGAUUUCGGAGCCAAGGUGAUCCGCGUGGACCGGACCAAGGUCGCCAUGUCUUUAGAUACACAAGGCCGGGGAAAACGAUCCGUGGCCAUCAACCUGAAGACGUCAGAGGGCGUAACCUUGCUCAGGAAGCUCUGUGUCCAGUCUGAUGUCAUCCUUGAGCCCUACCGCCAAGGUGUGAUGGAGAAGCUGGGGCUCGGUCCAGAGCAGCUGUUGAAGGAGAAUCCUCGCCUGAUCUACGCUCGGCUGACGGGGUACGGACAGAGUGGCUCUUACGCCACCGCAGCGGGGCAUGACAUCAACUACAUCGCCCUGUCAGGCCUUUUAUCCCGGCUGGGUCGGAGCGGAGAGAAGCCCUACGCCCCGUUGAACCUGAUCGCGGACUUUGCAGGAGGUGGUCUCAGCUGCGCUCUGGGGAUAGUCCUGGCUCUGCUGGAGAGGACCAAGUCCGGGAAAGGACAGAUCAUAGAUGCCAGCAUGGUAGAAGGAGCCGCAUAUGUAGGUUCAUUUGCAUGGAAAUCUCGUGGCAUCGGCAUGUGGGACCGUCCUAGAGGAGAAAACAUGUUGGACAGCGGAGCGCCCUUCUACGAUACCUACGAGACCGCAGAUGGGAAAUACAUGGCUGUGGGAGCCAUAGAACCGCAGUUCUACACACAGCUACUUAAGGGUUUAGAGUUGGACACUGGAGCGCUGCCUCCUCAGAUGAGCGCCACCGAUUGGCCAGAGUUGAGACGGAUCUUCACAGAGAGUUUUGCUUCAAAAACCCGGGCGGAGUGGUCAAGGAUCUUUGAUGGGACUGAUGCCUGUGUUACUCCGGUGUUGUCCUUCGACGAGGUGAGCUCACACCCACAUCACCAGGAGAGAGCCUCCUUCGUGAAGGACCCCAGCGGGGAGAAAGCCCCCGGCCGGCCCCGGUUUCUCUCUCGGACUCCUGCUGAGCCUUGCCUGGCCUCCGACCCCGUUAUUGGAGAACACACGGUUCAAGUCCUGAAUGAGUUUGGGUUUCACGUCAGCAGACAUAGACCAGAUGCUGAUGGCAGGGGUCGUAGAGGAUAGCGCUGUCAAAAGCAAAGUUGUAGAGACAUAAUUGAUGUCAGAGAUUGAUUUUGACCAAAAGUCAGUAACAAAUGAAAUUCAUCAUUUAAAUAUUGACUUUGAGUGAAUCGGGAAUAAAUACAGAGGUUUUUUUAAACACUCGCAGUUGAAGUUCGUGCUUCAGAAACAAAAGAACUGGAAACUCAACGCAGGCUUUGUGGUCCACGUUGAACAUAUAUACAGGUUGCAGAUGUUUGUGCAUAUCGAAAGUUCUUCACAAGGAGUUUGAGGCAAUUUAAGAUAUGCAUCACUUCAUUAGUUAUUUUUGUGUAUUGCAUCCCUUUUCAUGAUAAACAGUGAGCACCUGGAGUGAUGGAAGUCAUUACAUGAGCAGAAACUAAUAAAUACUAGAACAAAAUAUAUUUUUGGGGGAUUUUUAAUUUGUUUACUUAUCAGUAGCAAUUUGUACAUUGUAAUUUAACCAGUUUGGGUGACCGGUGGAAUAGUCUCCGACACACUGUGGUUAUUAAUGAUUUUAAUGAUUAAUGAUUUUCAUUUAUACUUAAAAUCGUGUUCUAGUGUGUGUGCACCUUUUAGUUAAAUCAUGGUUAUAAUACUACAUUAACCAUCGCCACUUGAAGUACAUGAUAAUUUAAACCUGUCUGUAUAACAAUUUUGUAAAAUAAUCACAAUAAAAUGCAAAUGCAUGAAACGUGAA